GUGCAUGCGGCUCUGUAAAUUGCCAGUCAACAUGACUGAGGCCAUGGGUAUAACGGCGAUUAACUAAAGGGAAGCUAUUAUUAAACUAUUUAUAGUUUAUGUAUUUGCACUUGUAGCCUACAUUGGGCUGGGUAGCAUACCCAUAUCAAGUCGUAAAUCUUUGGCGUUUUUCAUUUUUGAGGAAUAUGAGGGCGAUCAAGCAAAACUGAGUUGUUCGACAACUCAUCCAAAGGAAGACACCUGCCGUCACCAGGAAAGGGGUCAGAAGUGGCAAACACAUUUAGCUCAACUCUGGAAUUCGGGAAUAUGACCAUUCUAAUUAGAUGAAAAAACUUUGAGAUUAUCAACAAUUAUGAGAUAUUAUCGUUUAUAAAUAGUGCGGCGCUUCUCCAUGCUCCCGUAGUUUCGGUGAUAUUGUUGGAGAGUGCUUUUGUUUUUGGACCAUGUCCGUAAACGAGUUAUAUUCAAAGUACACUCGGGUGUGGAUCCCAGACCCAGAGGAUGUGUGGAGAGCUGCAGAGAUCAUCAAAGACUACACAGAGGGAGAGCCCAUCCUGUACCUCAAACUUGAAGAUGAAACGCCGUUGGAAUACCGCAUCGGACCCAAAGACAACGCUCUUCCCUUCCUCCGGAACCCUGAUAUCCUGGUGGGGGAGAAUGACCUCACAGCUCUCAGCUACCUGCACGAGCCUGCUGUCCUGCACAACCUCAAAGUGCGCUUCACCGAGUCCAAUCACAUCUACACAUACUGUGGCAUUGUGCUGGUGGCCAUCAACCCCUACGAGCAGCUGCAGAUCUAUGGAGAGGAGGUCAUCAAUGCCUACAGCGGGCAGAACAUGGGAGACAUGGACCCACACAUCUUUGCUGUUGCUGAGGAGGCAUACAAGCAGAUGGCCAGAGAUGAGAGGAACCAAUCCAUCAUAGUUAGUGGGGAGUCGGGGGCAGGGAAGACCGUCUCUGCUAAGUACGCCAUGCGGUUCUUCGCCACUGUGGGAGGGUCGGCCAACGACACCAAUGUUGAGGAGAAGGUGCUGGCCUCCAGCCCCAUCAUGGAGGCUAUUGGAAAUGCGAAAACCACUCGCAACGACAACAGCAGUCGUUUUGGGAAGUACAUCCAGAUUGGUUUUGACAGGAGUUAUCACAUCAUAGGAGCCAACAUGCGCACGUAUCUGCUGGAGAAGUCAAGGGUAGUCUUUCAGGCUGAGGAUGAGAGGAAUUACCACAUAUUCUACCAGCUGUGUGCCUCGGCUAGCUUGCCAGAGUUCAAAGACCUAGCCUUGACCAGUGCAGAGGACUUCAUCUUCACAUCACAAGGAGAGAACAUCUUCAUUGAGGGGGUUAAUGAUGCUGAUGACUUUGAGAAGACGAGAGAAGCCUUUACGUUACUGGGUGUUAACGACAGCAAUCAAAGCAGCAUAUUCAGAAUCAUAGCUUCCAUCCUGCAUCUGGGAAACGUGGAGAUCUGCUCGGAGAGAGACGGAGACUCCUGCCACAUAUUAAAGAACGACCCUCACUUGGCGCAUUUUUGCCAGUUGCUGGGGGUGGAGCUGGAGCAGAUGGAGCACUGGCUAUGUCACAGGAAGCUGGUUACCACGUCAGAGACCUACGUCAAGAACAUGUCCCGCAAACAGGCGGCUAAUGCACGCGACGCACUCGCCAAGCACAUCUACGCCCACAUGUUUGACUGGAUCGUGGAGUACGUCAACAAGUCCCUGCACACCUCCUCCAAACAACACUCUUUCAUUGGUGUUCUGGACAUCUACGGAUUUGAGACCUUUGAAAUAAACAGCUUUGAGCAGUUCUGCAUCAACUACGCCAAUGAGAAACUUCAGCAGCAGUUCAACCAGCAUGUGUUCAAGCUGGAGCAGGAGGAGUACAUGAAGGAGCAGAUCCCCUGGACGCUCAUCGACUUCUAUGACAACCAGCCGUGUAUCGAUGUCAUAGAGGCCAAGCUGGGCAUCCUGGACCUGCUGGAUGAGGAAUGCAAGGUGCCAAAAGGGACAGAUCAGAACUGGUGCCAGAAGCUGUACGAUCGCCUUUCAAGCAGCGUCCAUUUCCAGAAACCACGGAUGUCCAACACAUCUUUCAUUGUCAUUCACUUUGCUGAUAAGGUUGAGUACCAGUGUGACGGGUUCCUGGAGAAGAACAGAGACACUGUCUACGAGGAACAGAUUAACAUUCUGAAGGCCAGCAAGUUCCAGCUCGUGGCAGAUCUGUUCCAGGACACUAAUAAAGACAGCAGCAUUUCCACAUCUUCCUCCAGCAAAUCCUCCAGGGUCAACGUGCGGGCGUCCAAACCAACACCCAAAGUCCCCAACAAGGAGCACAGGAAAACCGUGGGCCACCAGUUCCGUAGCUCCCUUCAGCUUCUCAUGGAGACCCUGAAUGCCACCACCCCCCACUAUGUGCGUUGCAUCAAGCCUAAUGAUGAGAAGGAGGCAUUCUCGUUUGAGUCUAGGAGAGCUGUGCAGCAACUGAGAGCAUGUGGAGUCCUGGAGACCAUCCGCAUCAGUGCUGCUGGGUACCCAUCAAGGUGGACGUACCCAGACUUCUUCAACAGAUACAGAGUCCUCAUGAAGAAGUCAGAUAUGACCGUUGGAGACAAGAAGCUGGUGUGCAGGAACCUGCUGGAGACCCUGGUCAAGGACCCAGACAAGUUCCAGUUUGGUAAGACCAAGAUCUUCUUCAGAGCAGGCCAAGUGGCCUACCUGGAGAAGCUGAGGGCAGACAAGUUCCGCUCCGCCUGCAUCAAGAUCCAGAAGACGGUGCGAGGCUGGCUGCAGAGGGUCCGCUACCAAAAGAUCCGGAAGUCUGCCAUCAACCUGCAGAGAUAUGGCCGUGGAUACAUGGCCCGCAGGUAUGCGGAGCAGCUGCGUCUGACCCGCGCUGCUCUGAUCUGCCAAAAGCAGUAUCGUAUGGUCAGAGAGCGGAGGGGUUAUCUAAGAGUGAGACAGAAUGUUGUCACCAUCCAGGCCUUUACCAGGGGCAUGUUAACCCGCAGGAUCUUCCAGGAGUUCCUUCUGCACCACAAAGCCAUGAUCAUCCAGAAGCAUGUCCGAGGCUGGCUCACCAGGAGGAAGUUCAGGCGGGCACGGAACGCCGCCAUCACCAUCCAGUGUGCCUACCGCCGCAUGCGAGCCAAGCGGGAGCUGAAACAGCUGAAGAUUGAAGCGAGGUCCGCUCAACAUCUGAAGAAGCUCAACUCGGGCAUGGAGAACAAGAUCGUCCAGCUGCAGAGGAAGAUGGAUGACCAGACCAACGAUCUGAAGACUCAGAAUGAGCAGCUGGUGGUGGCCAAAGCCUCCCUGGGCUCAGAGGUGAACAAGCUGCAGAAGGAGCUGGAGAUGAUGCGCAGUCGCCAGGGAGACGGCAGUCAGCUGACCUCUCUUCAGGAGGAGCUGGAGAAGCUCAGGGCGGAGCUCCAGGAAGCACACACCCACAGGAAGAAGCUGGAGGAGAAGCACAGCAAUGAGAAGAUGGGACUGGAACAGAGAGUGGAGGAACUGGACAGGGAGAAUUCUAUGCUGAAGAGUGAAAAGGAGGAGAUGAACCGAAGGAUUCUGCACCACUCCAAGAGCACGGAAGACCAGGAGAGCAGUGCAUCCCAGAGUGUGGGUCGGGUCCAGGCAGAGCUGGAUGAGGAGAGGCAGCGCUACCAGAACCUACUCAGGGAGUUCUCCAAACUGGAGCAGAGAUAUGACAACCUACAGGAGGCCAAGUUCCAACCUGGCCACAAGAGAAACAAUUCCACUCAGAGCAGCCUGGAGUCUGACUCCAACUAUCCUUCCAUUUCUACCUCGGAGUUGGGAGACACUGACGAUGCCAUCCAGCUCGUAGAGGAGAUGGGAGUGGAGAAGGCAGCAAUGGACAUUGGUGUGUUCAUGAAGCUGCAGAAGCGUGUUAGAGAGCUGGAACAGGAGAGGAAGAGACUGCAAGUCAACCUGGAAAAGAUGGAGGACCAGGUUAACUGCAAGGGAAUUGAGCCAAAGACUAUGUCAGAGGAAGAGAGUGAGGACCUGGCCUACAACAGUCUCAAGAGGCAAGAGCUGGAGUCUGAGAACAAAAAGCUGAAGAACGACCUGAACGAACUGAGGAAGGCCAUUGCUGACCGCGCCUCCCAGAACAGCUCCUCCAAUGAGCUGCAGGAUGGCUACAAACUGCUGCUUUGCCAGCUCAAAACAGCCAAUGAGGAACUGGAAGUGCGCAAGGAGGAGGUCCUCAUCCUCAGGACUCAGAUUGUCAGUGCAGCCCAUCAGAAAGAGGAGACAACCAAUCACAUCGAACCCAAUAACGUGCCUGAAUGGACCGACAGCAAGAAGCCCAUAGACAAGGAGGAGGCUGUGAGGGCCUACCAUGGACUCUGUGAGUCUAAGAAGCUGCUGGAGGCCCAGCUUCAGUCUCAGGCCAGGAAGCACGAGGAUGAGUUGGCAGCGUUCAACACCCAGAUUGAGCUGCUGAAGGACGACAUAGAGAAGAAGCAGGAGAUGCUGAACCACACUAUGUCUCUGUCUCCUGAGGCCCAGGUGGAGUACAGCGUCCAGCAGGAGAUCACCCGCCUCACCAACGACAACCUGGAUUUAAAAGAGCUUGUGGAGAAACUGGAGAAGAACGAGAGGAAGCUGAAGAAGCAGCUGAGGAUCUACAUGAAGAAAGUUCCAGAGCUGGAAGUGUCUUUGACUGCAGCAUCAUCCCAGCCCACCAAGGCCAAGCCACAGCUGACCCGUCAGGUGACUGUCCAGCGCAGAGAGAAGGACUUUGAGGGCAUGCUGGAGUACUACAAGGAGGACGAGGCUCUGCUGGUCAAAACACUCAUCACUGACAUGAAGCCCCAUGCUGUAUCAGCAACAGUGCCCUGCCUACCUGCCUACAUCCUCUUCAUGUGCAUCCGCCAUGCGGACUACAUCAACGAUGAUCAGAAGGUCCACUCUCUGCUCACCUCCACCAUCAACGCCAUUAAGAAGGUCCUCAAGAAAAACAAUAAUGACUUUGAGAUGACCUCCUUCUGGCUGGCCAACACGAGUCGUCUGCUGCACUGUCUCAAGCAGUACAGUGGAGAUGAGGCGUUUAUGACUCAGAACACAGCCAAACAGAAUGAGCACUGCCUGAAGAACUUUGACCUGGCAGAGUACCGCCAGGUGCUGAGUGAUCUCUCCAUUCAGAUCUACCAGCAGCUCAUCAAGGUGGCAGAGCACAUGAUGCAGCCCAUGAUCGUGUCGGCCAUGUUGGAGAGUGAGAGCAUCCCCAGCCUGGCGGGAGUAAAGCCCAUGGGUUACAGGAACCGCUCCUCCAGUAUGGACGGGGAGGGCCCGGGGAGCUACACCCUAGAGGCCCUGAUCAAACAGCUGGGCCAGUUCCACAGUGUGAUGGGCGAGCAUGGCCUGGACCCAGAGAUAGCAAGCCAGGUGGUCCGGCAGCUGUUCUACAGCAUCAACGCUGUCACCCUCAACAACCUGCUGCUCAGGAAAGACGUCUGUUCCUGGAGCACUGGCAUGCAGCUCCGGUACAACAUCAGUCAGAUGGAGGAGUGGCUGAGGGGGAAGAACCUUCACCAGAGCGGGGCGGUGGUUAACAUAGAGCCCGUUAUCCAGGCCGCCCAGCUGCUGCAGGUCAAGAAGAAGACGUCCCAGGAUGCCGAGGCGAUCUGCUCCCUGUGCACCUCUCUCACCAUGCAGCAGAUCGUAAAAAUUCUCAACCUCUACACCCCGCUCAACGAGUUUGAGGAAAGAGUCACUGUGUCCUUUAUCCGAAACAUCCAGAAUCGUCUGCAGGAUAGGAACGAUGUCCCAAUCCUCCUGGUGGACACCAAGCACACCUUCCCUGUCCUGUUCCCCUACACCCCUUCCGCCCUCAGCCUGGAGACCCUGCACAUCCCUGCCAACCUAAGCCUAGACUUCCUCACUCGAGUCUGAGGCUUCAGCAAGGCAUACCCACAGGCCUGGUUCUUAGCAAAGAAGAGCAGAGACCAACAGAGCUCCCUCUAACCUGGGUAACUUACUUCCAGCUGUUGAUCUCAACAGCAGAGGGCGACAAGACUCCAGGACUCACUGGAAGACAAAGAACCUUCCAACUGACCAACAAUGGAGUCUGUCAAGUCUCUGUCUGUGUAAAUCCAGCAGAAUGUGGUAUUAAGUCAUCCUUCAUACCUGUCCACAACUGCAGCCUCCCUUGGUGUCUUCUACAGCUAUUGAGAUGCUGUGCUUCAAUGAUUAACCAUCAGCUCUGUCCCAUGCAGUCAUUUAUUUUAUUCAUUGUAAGAAGUCAUAAUGGUAAGCCCACUGUAAUUAAUUCCUCUCACAGAUUAAUUGAAUCUGUGUAAAUGUGUGCACUCACACUUCCAUAGACAAAGCAUUCAUUUCCAGUUAGCCACUCUGCCUAGCAUUCAAGGUGUCUUGUUCUACUGUGUCACUGUCUGUCUUCCUCACGAGGAGUUAAUUCUCUGUCUCAGCCGUACUCCACUCUAGGAGCAGACAGGAGCAGCACUGCACUGCAGUGGCUCUGUUGGGGACUCACACUGCACACAGCCCUGUAGCUCUGCUUCUCUCUAUCUUUCCUACGCCUUGAGGAAUCCUCAGUCUUCUGAGGCUCAAGUUUAAUUUGGUAUCUUACAUAAUAGUUUCUUCUGUCUUUAGAUAAGAGCACACAGUUUCCUGCGUGGUCCAGGAAGUCUGAAGCUCUCAACAGAGAGAUGUGUUGUUGUUUUUACUCUGAAUUCAAUUUAUCGGACUCUGCUAUCUCAUUGAAACGUUCGGUAUCGUCUCAGAAUAAGGAGAAACAAAGCCAAGCUUUAUGUAAGUGAGGAUUAAGUAAGUCCGACAGAUGCAUGUGUCGGAGAACUUGAGUAGAGAGGGCAGGAGAAAGUGCAUUUUAAAAUGGAACUAGAGAGGUGUAAUACACGAGACAUUGAGUGUCCUGUACGGAGUAAGAUAACAGCAAUUCCAGCAGGACAGUCUUAGCCUGGUUACAGAUCUGUUUGUGCUGUCUUGCCAACUCCUGCAUGGCAUGACGAUGACUGGCAGGUGUUGGUAAGACGGCACCAACAGAUCUGUGGCCAUGCCAGGACAGUCUGCUGCAGGACAGAGCGAUUCAAUGGAAGUGAGAGACUGUUUAUUAGUAAGUGAGACCAGAGAAAAUGAGAAGUACCACCAGACAGGUAGAGGAAGAGCCACACAGCUAUCAAAGACUACUGAUGAGAGGACUAAUGAAACUUGACAGUACAUUUUGAUCCUAAGUAAUCGAGAGCGACGUUUGUCUGAUUUCUCAAAGGAUGUCUUCUUUGUUUCCGUUCCCUUGGACUGCCGUUACAGUUGUGAUGUGGAAGGUAACUUCAUUAUGAUACUCCGAUACCCUCAGUCUUCACUUGAGAUAAAGUGCCCUCAGCUCCAUGAAACUGGAGUAAAUAAUAAAAGAUCAUGUCUGCAACUCCACUGUGUUUCCGCUUCGUUCUGCCAAUCCUAUUGGUUAGAAAACACUAAUACUGGUGUUGCUCCUCUGUGGAGUUGUAAGCGCCUUUUCAAAUCCCAGAACUAUUAGUGAGCGGUUCCCCUAGCCUCCAUUCAGAGAAAUCAGAGCAGCUUUUACUAGAGCAAAGCCGGUGUGUGGAAAGUCUCUAGCUACUAACAAUGCCAGUAAUGUGUACAGGAGUAUCCCUGAUUCACCUCGUGUUUUGUUUGGAAUAUGUUCAUGUGGUCUGUUUCUUUUUGAAUACAGUGGAGUUUUUUAUGGUAAAGGGGACAGAGUUGUUCUAACGCUACUACUCGUCCAUUUUGAGUGUCAUUCCUUUUCCUCUGUAUGUUUCGCACAGUGUGUUUUUAUAACUUAGUCCUCUGUGGAUUGUGGGACAUUAUAGCAGAGAGUUUCAGACUCUCUUGUGGGACAAACACCCUCUCUGCUGCUCUCUGUCAGUUAUAAAGAAUUUGGUAUUGCUUAUGUUAAGACUGGAAGAGUGAUGCCGAAACGUUGGUGGUUUACCCAAUACAUUACUGGGAGCUUGUAUAUAGUGUGUAACUCUUUAUUUUUAUAGCCUACAGUUUACUCGCCGUUAGUCAGCACCUCCUACACAACAUUUUUCUGAGUGUUCGCCAACUCAAGCUUUUUUAUACGACUGGAAGUUCACCACUUUUCACUGCAUUCCACACUAUAUGUCAAAACUCACGAUCAUAUACCCAUUAUAUCAUGAGGCUAUACACAGAAUAAUAUAUUUCACAGGGGCCACACCCCCAGAGAGGCCUUUAGUCUAUGUGCCCUGUGUGCCAUAAAAGUUUGAUAAAUGUAUACAUUGUUUGUGUUUUCUAUGUCAUAAGUUUCAUUGCUGAAAAUGAACAGGAGUAAAGGAACUGGUGUGUGAUUUAGAGUAUGGAUGCAAGCAUUCAUACAUUGAUAUGUUGUCCUUAAUUUUGAAGCUCUUUCUAAAGCAGAGGUCUUACUUGCCCUAAAGUUUAUUGUUGAUGUGUUUUAUUGAAGUGUGUUGCAUGUAUGCAGAAUAGUACAUGUUGCACAAUAUCAAUUUGGUGACCUGGACACAUUUAUUCUGCCAACAUCUCAUUGAAUGAUCGAGGAUUGUGAAUGAUGUAUUUAUGUACUUAAAUUAAUAGAUGUUAGAUGAAGCAUUGAAAACUCCCAAUGAUCUGCUUUUGUGGAUGAGUAAAUGAUAAGUACAUUCAUAUGCCAGUGGUUUGUGUGGUCGGGGUGAGGUACAAUUUUUCUCUUAUAUCUCUAUAAUUAGGAAACUUAUUUAGUCAGUGGGUGAAAAUAAUAUACAAUGAAAAAUACAAUGUAUUGACUCGGUUUGAACAAAAUGUAACCUCACAAUCUUUCUUAGAAAGAAAUGCAUUACAAAAGGCCAAAUAAAAAUUGAAAAUGUUGAA